AUGUAUAAGGCAAAGAAGUUCUUGAGCUUUUUCGAAAGUAUUGAUGAGUGGUACCAAGAGCUGCAGCGCGAAGAUGAUGACGUAACAUUGAAGAAAGCACACGAAUAUACUCAAAAAAUCAAAAAGACUUCAAAAACGGUAUUAAUCCUCGCGGGUAUUACUUUAUUUUACAUUGCCUUUAUACAGUUAUUAGCAACGGUUGGUGUUGGCUAUAAAAAACUACUCGUUGAUGUCGCGUUCCCGGGUGUCGAUUUGUAUGAAAGUCCUUUAUGGGAAAUGAUGUCUAUUCUGCAAAGCCUAUGGAUUGCGCCUAUUGUACUCUUUUCGUACGUCUCAUAUUUAUGUUUGACUUUAAUAGCCAUUGCGUUUGGCAUAUUCUUGAUGAAAAAUCUGCAGACCAAACUGGAAGGUAUAAACGAAAAGACCGACGAGGAAGCUCUGAAAUUUAUUAAGAAGUGCGUUAAGGAUCAUGUUAUGAUUAUAAAGUAUCACCAAGAUUUGGAAGUAUUAUUUUCGGUUGGUAGCUUUGCCGAUGUUUGCAUUUUCGCUAUAAUACCUUGUGUCAUAAUUGUUAUUUCAACAAUGGACCAUGAUAUGUCACUGCUGAUUGCUGACAUUCAGCUGUCUCUUAUAGUCAUGAUUUCGACCUUCAUUAUCUUCUGGGUGGYUAAUAAUUUCUGUUAUGAGAGCGAAAAUAUAGCUAAAGCGGCCUAUAACUGUAAUUGGGAAAGCCGUAAUAAAGAAUUUCGUAAAUACAUUCCACUAAUUAUUAUGGCUAGUCAGAGGCAACUGCAGCUCACUGCUGGUGGUUUAAAGCCGCUUAAUAUGGAGUUUUUCCUAACAAUGGUGCGCUGCACUUAUUCGCUGUUCACCGUUCUAUUUACAAUGAAGACCGAAGGCGAUUCUUAAAAUUGUAUGCCUAAAAGUUAUACAUUCAUAAAUACAAGAAAUCUAGUAACUGGCGUCAAGUUCAUGCUAGUGCUUAGAUUAACAAUAUUAUUUAGA